GUGAGCCGAGUCCGGCAGAGGAAGCCCUCAGCCAGCAGACCUCCAGAGACACCCUUCCUGAGCUCCUUGACCCAAACAUGCCCCUCUACACUGUCACCGUGUCCACGGGCAGCCAAUGGUUUGCAGGAACGGACGACUACAUUUACAUGAUCCUGGUGGGAUCAGAGGGCUGCAGCGAGAAGACUCUCUUGGACAAGCCUCUCUACAACGACUUUGAAAGAGGAGCCGUAGAUACCUAUGAUGUGAAUGUCCUGGAGGACCUUGGGGAAAUUCUUUUUGUCAAAAUUGAGAAGCGCAAGUAUUGGAUGCAUGAUGACUGGUACUGCAAAUACAUCACGGUGAAGACGCCGGCAGGGGACUACAUUGAGUUUCCCUGCUACCGAUGGGUCACAGACGAGAAGGAGAUCGUACUCAGAGACGGGAAAGCCCGACUGCCUCGGGAUGAUAAAACACAACUGGUCAGGCAGCACAGACGCAAAGAACUUGAAGAGAGGCAAAAGCUAUAUAGGUGGAAAGAGUGGCACCCUGGGUUUCCAUUAAGCAUUGAUGCCAAUGCACACAAGGAUUUGCCUCGGGACAUUCAGUUUGACAGUGAAAAGGGAGUUGACUUCAUCCUGAAUUACACCAAAGCGAUGGAGAACCUCUAUGUGAACCGCUUCAUGCACAUGUUCCAGUCGUCCUGGAGUGAUUUUGCCGAUUUUGAGAAGAUCUUUGUCAGAAUUAGCAACACCAUUUCAGAAUACGUCAUGCAGCACUGGCAGGAGGACUUCAUGUUUGGCUACCAGUUCCUGAACGGCUGCAAUCCUGUCAUCUUCGAGAAAUGCUCCACGCUGCCUGAUAAUUUUCCUGUCACUAAUGAAAUGGUGGAAUCCUGCCUAGAAAGAAAUAUGACGCUGGAAGAGGAACUUAAGGAAGGCAACAUAUACAUCGCCAACUUUGAGAUCCUGCAUGAAGUCUCUGCCAACUGCACAGACCCCUGCACCAUCCAGUACCUGGCGGCACCACUCUGUCUCUUGUAUAAGAACUCGGAGAACAAAAUCGUUCCCAUCGCUAUUCAGUUGGGACAAAUUCCUGGUGAGACAAACCCCAUUUUUCUUCCGACUGAUGCAAAGUAUGACUGGCUGCUUGCCAAAAUCUGGGUGCGCUCUGCAGACUUCCAUGUUCACCAGACAGUGAGCCACCUCCUACGGACACACCUCAUGUCCGAAGUGUUUGGAAUUGCAAUGUACCGUCAGCUUCCAUCUGUCCACCCCCUCUUCAAGCUUAUUCUUCCUCAUGUGAAGUUCACAAUCGCCAUCAAUACAAAGGCCCGAGAGCAGCUCAUCUGCGAGUGCGGCCUCUUUGAUAAGGCGAAUGCGACUGGUGGUGGAGGCCACGUUCAGCUAGUGCAGCGCGCCAUGAAGAACUUGACGUUCUCCUCGCUGUGCUUUCCAAAAGAAAUUAAGAAUCGAGGUGUGGACAGCAAGGAGGAUCUGCCCUACUACUACUAUCGGGAUGAUGGCAUGAAAGUCUGGGAGGCAGUGAAGAGCUUUGUUGCAGAUGUUGUGGAAAUCUACUAUGACAGCGACGAGACAGUGCAGACCGAUGUGGAGCUUCAGGCCUUUGUGAAAGACGUCUGUGUCUUCGGACUCAAGGACAAUGAACACUCAGGCUUUCCAAAGACGAUCAGCACCAUAGACCAGCUAAACGAGUACCUGACUGUGGUGGUCUUCACUGCAUCUGCACAGCAUGCAGCUGUCAAUUUUGGACAGUAUGACUGGUGUUCAUGGAUUCCCAACUCUCCUCCAACGAUGCGGCGUCCACCACCUGAAGAAAAGGGCAUGGUGACCAUCGAGUACAUCAUUGAGAGCCUUCCUGACCGGGGACGUUCCUGCUGGCACCUGGGGGCCGUGUGGGCUCUGAGCCAGUUCCAGGAGAACGAGCUUUUCCUCGGCAUGUACACAGACGAGCACUUCACUGAGAAGCAAGUGAAACAGGCGACAGUCAACUUUAGGAAGAAACUGGACGAGAUCACGAGCCUCAUAAAGGACAGGAACAAAAACAAAAAGCUUCCCUAUUACUACCUGUCGCCGGACAGAAUUCCCAACAGUGUUGCCGUGUGAAGUCCAAGGGCUUCUCCCGCCGAGUGGGCCCUGACCAGGCUGUGUUAUCUGACGAGCUCAUUCCAAAGCCUGACGUGAAACCAUCUUUUCACACCUGGUCACACACAUUAUAAGUUACUGGGUGCCACUCCCUUACUGUUAGCCACCCUUAGUCUCCAUCGGGGGGCACUGUGACUAGAUGUCCAACUCUCAGUACCAUCUAAGCCAGUAUGCAGCCUUUCCCUGGACUUGCAUGCUGGCUUACUGGUCCUCAGGUUUAGCCCUGGGGUACCACCGUGGGUACAGGCUCUUAUUCUAACCAGUUUCACAGAUCAGGGGGACCCACUUAUAGUGUGGCUGGCCUUUCUUCUUUUCUUAUUCACCAUUCAGAAAAAGCACUAAUAAAAAUGCUCACUAAAGGGGGAAACCCCAUCACAAACCCCGGCAAGAUACAAAAAGAGCUAAGCAGAAUCUUCAUAAAGUAAAAAGGCUUAUUUCCACAUUCUGCUAGAAAGCUCCGUGGAGCACAAAGGCAAAUCCAUAGCAAAGACAUUCCAACAGCAGGGUCACAACACACAGACUCACCAUGAACCACAAGGAACUGCGGGAGACCCUCCAGAUUUGUGGAGCAGCUCCCACCUCUUGGGGUACCACAUGGAACAGAAAAUACAGCAGAUAAUUAGCAACAGUAACAUUAACAUAAAUAAAGAACAACAAGGCCAUCAAUCAAGACUUAGAGCCCCCACUAGGAUAGGACCCCCGUUUGAGAUAAAACACUCUGCACUCCCCUCAACAUGUAAUUUGGAUGUGACAAACACAAGGUGAUCUGAUGGGACAUUUGCAUGUAAAAGAAACUGAGCAGAAGUCCAGCUCUCUGUGCCAUCUAAGUCAGCAGGCAGCGUUGCCCAGGACCUGCCAGGUGGGUUACUGGCCAGAAAUGUCGUAGUUUUAAACAUUUUUAACAUUCUUUUACUAUUCUUAAUUUCAAUUCAUCUCAUUCCUCUGGAGUUUGUCAGUAUGUGGAUACAAUUUAAGGAGCAAUCCAUGAUGAGCAGUGCAGACACGGGUGCAAAUGGCACUGCAUGUUACACUUCAAUGUGUGCUAAUUAGUCAUAAAAGGCUGAACUGAGUGGUCCUCAAGUGGAGUCCUGCGGACCACCUUAACUGCAACUGCUCAUCCCAGCCACCUUCUGCUUCUAACUGGGCUCCUUCCUUUAUUAAACUAGCCUUUAUCUCCCAGUUUCUGACUUUUUUUGCGUCAAUCCUGAAAUUUCAAAACAGUUUUACUACAUGUUUAGGGGAAUGCAGUGAGUACUUGUGUGUGUGUGUUUGUGUGUGUGUGUAUAUGACUUUCUUUAUUGUUCUUUUUCUUUGAUUUUAAGAUUUUGCUCUUCAUGUUCAGGUUAUUUAAGCCUUUCUUAUUAACUAGUUGUGCUACCCAUCUAAGACGGGUUUACAUCUAAAUCAACAUGGAACUCAAUAUUAACAUUUGCAUUGCACCAUCUGUUGGAAUGUAUUUUGCAAUGCAUGUGGUAAUAAAAUGUAUCACAUUUGUCAUUUCAACACAUGGCACAUCACAAACAUCUGUAGUAUUUGUUGGAGUGACAAAUACAAUGCAUAUAUCUCAGUUAUAUGCUGUUUGGUAUGGGACUUGUAAAAGCAGAGUUAAUGUUUGUAAUGCGCCAUCUGUUGGAAUGAUAAAUACAAUGCAGAUUUCUGCUACUGUAUAUGCCAUUUGGUAUGGAACACUUAAAAGCAGCUUUAAUGUUAGUGAUCUGCUGGAAUGACAAAUGCAAUGCAUUUUAUUAUUACAAAUGUUUGAGAUGCACCAUCUGUUGGAAUGAUAAAUGCAAUGUAUAUGUCUGUUAUAUUUGGUAUGGGACUCUUAAAUGUAGUGUUAAUGUUAGUGAUGUGCCAUCUGUUGGAAUGACAAAUGAAGCACAUACGUCUCAUAUGCCAUUUGGUAUGGGAUUCGUUAACACAGUUUAAAUGUUUGUGAUGCACCAUCUGUUGGAAUGAAAAGUACAAUACAUUUUAUUGCUACUAAUAUUUGUGAUGCGCCAUCUGUUGGAAUGACAAAUGCAAUGCAUUUUAUUAUUACAAAUGUUUGGAAUGCGCCGUCUGUUGGAAUGAUAAAUGCAAUGCAUAUGUCUCUGUUAUAUGCCAUUUGGUAUUGGACUCUUAAAAAAGUAGUGUUAAUGUUAGUGAUGCACCAUCUGUUGGAAUGACAAAUGCAGCACAUACGUCUCAUAUUCCAUUUGGUAUGGGAUUAGUUAACACAGUGUAAAUGUUUGUGAUGUGCCAUCUAUUGGAAUGAAAAAUGCAAAUACAUUUUAUUGCUACUAAUGUUUGUGAUGCACCCCAACUGUUGGAAAGACGGAGACAAAGCAAACCGGAUGGACACAGACAGACACACACACACAUCUCCUUUUAUUAAGGGGCAUUAACUCACAAGUGAACGUUCUACAGACGUAGCUGCCCUCCUUUAGUAUUCAGUGUCUGUACUGAUCAUCACUAAUCGUCAAACUCUGCACAAAAAGAUGACCUAAAAAGAAUAUGGGAAAUGAAAAUUAACAUUUAAAGAUAUGGCCAAAAAUACAAAUGUCUGGAUUUUGAUUACAUAUAAAUAUAUUAGUACUUAUUUCUGAAUGCAAAAUUAUAGAAAAUGUCUAAUUAAAUAGUUGGAUCGUUUAGAAGGAAGACCAAACCAUUUAUUUGUGAAACUGCUUAGAAUGAAAACCCACAGCCACUGCGGUACCCCAGGACUGAACCUGGAGACCUCGGAUUUAGGGUAUGUAGCCAUUUGUCCUUAGCCUGAAGCACCCAGUUUGGUACUUGUGGGGGGUCAAAGCCUGUGUUGGCAGCGAUGGGUGAAGGGUGGGAGUCACCAUGGGCACCACUGCAUCACACACAAGUGGGAGGAGAGCUGGAGGAUGGGGGGCGGUGGUGUAACAGUAGGCAGUGCAGGGUGGGCAUCUGUGCCAGGGCCCAUGAGGCUGGGGUGGUCCCAUGCUGACUGCAUGGGUGGCAUUUUAUAAAGCUUUAUUAUUAACAUGCUUGCCUAGUUGACGCUGGAAUGAACACAACUCCAUAAAGCUGAAUUAGGAUUAUUAAUCUUUCUUGUAGCCGAUAUGCUUGAAAAUUCUUGUUGAUGGUGGUCAUUUCAUAAUUGAGGGGCCUAAUUUAUUUAUUUAUUUUUUGCUUUGGGGUCUGUCCUAUUCUAGUUACGCCACUGCUCUGAGCCUAAGUGUGUGGAGCUGUAAGGACCACCGUGCUGCCCCCCUCACAUUUCACGCCCUUCACAUUUCCUGACUGACGUCUUGUUAGCAAAAAAAAUAAAAACGACUUGCAUGUGUGUAGCUUGGAGGUUCGGGGGGCAGCCGCCCACCACCUUUGAUUUUCACCAGGAGUUGAGAAGGGGUUUACGAUUGCCGGGGAGACCCCUGUUUCCCAAGCUUCUGUUUGAAAAGUAUGAUUUGUAGAACUUAUUACAUUUGUAAACUUUGGAACACUCCCUCCUCUCCAAGCCCCCGAAUUGGAUUAAGCAGGUUUCAGAAUAUUUUGUUCAUAUUGUUGUAUCAGGAGGUCAAUGGCCAGCGGCUCCAGUCGUCAUGUGGAGGUCCUGAGUUGGUGGAGGCCCGUCUCGAAUCAGUCAUGUGAUAACAUCCCAGCAUUCCAGAGUCUGAUGAUGCGGACCACAGCGGAUAGUCACUAGGGGGUGACCAAUGGGGACAGGUCACCUCAACCACUGGACCACUGGACGAGAUGUGGUUAGCCUGAAAGAGGCAAAAAAAGACCCCUGUUAGAGAAUUGGACAGAAAACAAAAGACGAGGGAGAGUCGCGCUAAAGUUAGAAAAUGAGAACCUUCACAAAACUGAUCGUGGCAUUUCUCAAUGUGGUCUCCACCCUUCUCAAUGCACUUGUGCCACCCGCCUGGCAGUGCCAGCAGAAUAAAAAGUUUUGUCUCGUCCUCUCAGCCACUCAUGUACCGCUUUCUUCACAUCGUCAUCUGUCUUGAAUUGACGACCACCCAGAUGUUUCUUUAGUGGUCCUAAAAAGUGGAAAUCACACGGUGCCAAAUCUGGCAAAUGAGGAGGAUGUGGCAAUACCUCAAACUUCAGUUUCUCCAGACAAGCCUUGAUGUUCUUAGUAGUGUGUGUCAUUGUCAUGCACAGAAGGACCCCUCGAGACCGCAGUCCCCACUAUUUGGAUCACAUACAACCACCUACACCUGAACACCAGCAAAACCAAGGAGCUGGUGGUGGAUUUUAGGAGGCCCAGACCCCUCAUAGACCCAGUGAUCAUCAAAGGUGACUGUGUGCAGAUGGUGCAGACCUAUAAAUAUCUGGGAGUGCAGCUGGAUGAUAAAUUAGACUGGACUGCCAAUACUGAUGCGCUGUGCAAGAAAGGACAAAGCCGGUUAUACUUCCUUAGAAGGCUGGCUUCCUUCAACAUCUGCAAUAAGAUGCUGCAGAUGUUCUAUCAAACAGUUGUGGCGAGCGCCCUCUUCUACGCAGUGGUGUGCUGGGGAGGCAGCAUUAAGAGGAAAGACGCCUCACGCCUGGACAAACUGGUGAGGAAGGCAGGCUCUAUUGUUGGCAUGAAGCUGGACAGUUUAACAUCUGUGGCAGAGCGAAGGGCGCUCAGCAGGCUCCUAUCAAUUAUGGGGAAUCCACUGCAUCCACUAAAUAAUGUCAUCUCCAGACAGAAGAGCAGCUUCAGUGACAGACUGCUGUCACUGUCCUGCUCCACUGACAGAUUGAGGAGAUCGUUCUUCCCCCAAACUAUGCGACUCUUUAAUUCCACCAGGGGGGGUAAACGUUAAUAUUUAACAUUAUACAUAGUUAUUGUCUGUUUUUUUCACCUGCAUUAUUAUCAUUCUUUAAUUUAAUAUUAUUUAUUGUAUCAGUAUGCUGCUGCUGAAGAAUGUGAAUUUCCCAUUAGGAUUAAUAAAGUAUCUAUCUAUCUAUCUACAUAGCAGGCUUCACAUUGGUCUCCAGAAAGUCACAGUAACUGGCACUAGUGACUGGAGUACCCCUCGGCAUGGAGUGUUUGACAAUAACUUGAGUGCACGAGUGGCUGUGAGGAGGAGACAAAACUUUUUAUUCUGCUGGAAUCCAGGCAGGUGGCACAAGUACAUUGAGAAGAGUGGAGACUCCAUUGAGAAAUGACAUGAUCAGCUUUGUGAAGGUUCACUCCAUUGUCUAACUUUAGCGCGACUCCCCCUCGUAGAAAAGCUCCAUUAUAAAAGUGCAAACGACUAUUUCUGUCUCAGGUUCCUCCGCUUACACGUUUUACACGUGAAUUUUAUAAACACCA